CGGACGGGGGAGGAGGAGGAGACGGCGGCCACCGCCAGCAGCAGCGCGGAGGAACAGGGAAGCUCUGUUUCCCUCUGGCGUUUGCGUCCGGGAAGGCUCCUCGCUGCCAGUUCCCCACUCCCUGGCGAAGUUUUCCAAGGUGUGGUUUCAAAGGGCAGCCUCCCAUCCCUCUGGCGCUCCGUGCCGGGCUCCCGCUGAGCCCCAGGGGAAGCAGGAGGAGGAGGAGGAGGAGGGAAGGAAGGAAGGAGAGAGAGAGAGGGAGGGAGAGGGAAGUUCAGAGCGGACCGUCUGGGCGCGCGAGGGCAGCAGCCGCAGCCGGGGAAGGAGGCGAAGAAUGCAGGGCUGCUGCCUCCCAGGGCGGCGGGACGGCGCGCUCCGUCGGCGUGGGGGCGACAGCCCUUGCCGCCGCCUCUGAGCGCGCUCUGCCCCUCCGCCGCCGCCACAGGUGAGACGGGCGGGCGGCUGCCUUUGCCUGCGCGCCUCGGCGGGGGCGCUUUCCUUCGCGCGCCGCCGGAAAAGACUUCCAAGCUCCUCCACCUGGAGCCUGCAGCCUCAGCCGCCUCGGAGAGGAAUGGACGGCCAGACGUGCGCGGCACCGGCUCGCCUCCCUCCUUCCGGACGGAAAGCCAAGCCAAAAGCUCCUCGUCCUCCAUCUGAGACAAGGAUCACUGACUGUUCUUCUUUUGAUGAUUCAGAAUUAACUAACUUCACCAUGGAGCAAAAAGAAAACAUAAUCGACAGAGACAUUGAGCUGUCUGUGGUUCUCCCAGGUGAUGUGAUCAAGUCUACUACUGUUAAUGGCAGCAAACCAAUGAUGGACUUACUGGUAUACCUUUGUGCACAAUACCGUUUGAAUCCUGCCAGCCAUACCAUAGACCUGAUGACAGUCGAGAAAAAGCAGAUCAAAUUCAAACCAAAUACACCCAUUGGGAUGCUUGAAGUUGACCAAGUGAUUUUAAAGCCAAAACAGAUGGAUAAAAAGAAGCCUACUCCUGUCAUCCCAGAGCAAACCGUGAGAGUCGUUGUAAACUACAAGAAGACACAGAAAACUAUUGUCAGAGUUAAUCCUCAUGCACCACUGCAAGAUAUCAUGCAAAUCAUUUGCAGCAAAUGUGACUUCGACCCUUUACACACUCUGUUACUGAAGACUUACCAAUCUCAGGAAACUCUUGACUUGACCAAAUCCCUGAAUGAGCUUGGGCUCAGAGAAUUAUAUGCUAUGGAUGUCAGCAGAGUCACACCGACUGCUGAAUUCAGCUUUUCAUCUUUACAGGACUCUUGCCAAAACUCGCAAAAUUCAGAUAUUUUGAAGGAAAAAGAAAAUAAAGGAUUCUUCAGCUUUUUUCAGAGAAGCAAGAAGAAACGAGAACAGACUGCCAGCGCUCCUGCAACUCCAUUAAUGAAUAAGCCAAGACCAACUUUUGGCAUGAGAGCUAAUACAAUCUCCAAGCAGUAUGACUCAAAUACCCUUCCCUCUGAAAUGCCGAAGAAGCGACGAGCGCCCUUGCCUCCAAUGCCUGCUUCCCAGAGUGUGCCCCAGGAUCUUGCACAAACCCAGGGCAGACCCAUGACAUGCGUGGUGAAAUCCAGCAGUGUGGAUGAAACUGAUAAGGGACUUUCGGGAAUAGGAAUAGUGAGGACAGGCUCUCUUCAGCUCAGUGGCACAUCUUCCGUCAAUUCUUCUCUGAGGCGAGCAAAGCGCAAAGCCCCAACGCCACCUCCCAGAAAAUUGCAAGGCCAAAGUGACAACAGCAUUGAGACAGGAUCAGAGUCUGCAGAAUCAAUUCAUGCAGAAGGCAGCAUCAAAGGAAGUUACUCAGAAGCACUGUCUCCAACAGGCAAUGUAAUUGAUCUAACUGGGACCACAGUGUCAACAACAAAUGCCUCGUGCAGCUUGGAGCCAACCAAUCAUGACCAAAACAAUGCGCUGCAAGUCCCAGAUGAAACUAAUCUGGCUAAUGCUGAUAAUCCCGAUGAAUCUGAAGUGUCUCUUAAAUCCGACAUAGGCUCUGAAUAUAGUCUAGAAGAGAUAGAUGAGAAGGAAGAAAUGCAUGAAGAAAGUGCAGGGGCUCCUCUCACUAUGCCAGAGGCCCCCAUCUCCUUCAGUACUCCUGAAAUUCCACGGGGUGUUCAGAAAAACGAGCCUGCUUCGUUGGCUUCAGAUCCUAGAACUGGGCGUGAUGAUACUCUGCAAGACUCAAAUGAAGCAGCAGAAAAUAAGACUGCACGUGACAAAGCUCAACAUAGUCAAGUAUUCAUUGCAAAUAUUACACUUGGCAGUGCUAAGCCACUUGGAGCAUUGCAGCCAAAUGCAAGCAAUGGUCACAGUGACGCAAAAUUUCUUCCUCCAACAGAAGAAAGUAAUAUUGAUGUGAGAGAAAGUAACAAGCUUGAAUCAUUGAACUGCCAAGCAUAUCAAAAUGACAUAGUCGUAAAUCAGGAAUGCAGCCCUCAAGCAUGUCUAGGGGUGCAAGAUAAAAAAUGGGAUCAGUCCAUUGUGGAGACAGUAAAGACUCAGGAUGUUGCAAUUCAGGCAACCCCACCCAAUGGUAAUUUGGGUCAGACUGAAGUAAGGGAGAGUACUGGUCCUCAAGGCUGCCAACUGGUCACACGCAAAGAUUCAACUCACCUGCACAAAUCAGCUCAGGAGAACCAACCCUCAGGGUUCCUCAGCAGGGUACAUGAGACCGUAGGAACUAUGACAGAGUUCAACCAACAGAGGGAACAAUCGGCACAUGACAGAGCAAAUUCUAACGACAACCAAUAUAACACAAUUGAAAAGGAUAGCCCCAUUUUACCACAGAAAGUCAUGAAAAGCCCUGCUAGUUCUCCUCCAAAAGGUUACCCACCUCACUGGCAAGACUCUAAACCUAAACCUAAACCUUCCAAUGAGAUUACAAGAGACUACAUACCCAAAGUUGGAAUGACUACCUAUAAAAUAGUGCCUCCAAAAUCUCUGGAGAUAGUGAAGAAUUGGGAGUCCGACACGGCGGAGGAUCGGGAAGCGGCCCACUUGCACAUGUCUCCCAAGGAGAAUUCCCAGGAAUUUGGUACGCAAACAGAAAUGCUUAAUAACUCCAAAAGCCUGAGCCCAACAGGACCUGUUUUUAGACAUGAAGUUACGUUGCUAGGGAACGAUUCGCUGCAUAAAACAUACAGUGCUGAUAAUGCCACAGUUCCUCUCCCUAAUGCCGAAGGCAGGAAAAUGGAAGUGGAGCAUUACAGACCUGGUCCACAACAUGUUGCAGCUCCAUUUGUGCUAAGUACGGAGAAGAAAAGUCCGCCCCCACCGGUGCAAGAAAAACCAAGGAUCUUAAGUCCUACAGCAAAACCAAGCAACUUCUAUUUACAGAUGCAAAAGAGGGCUUCUUCUCAUUAUGUAACGUCUGCGAUUGCAAGAAGCAAUUCCAUUAGUAGCCCUACGCAAAACGAAGCUAAGAGUAUGGAGCCAGAAAAAAAGUUGGCCUCGCCAGAUCAUACUUCUUUUCCAUUUCCUAGGACAGUUACUGUUCCUUCUCAAUUAGUAGAGGAAAAGACUGAAAACGGACACAGCGAGGAAAAGACAAAAGUCACCACUCCUCCUGUAACACUGCCCAAACCUCUGAAUUCCCCCUGCUCCCAGCCUCCUCCAUUAAAUCUGAAAACCCUGAGGACUUUCGUUUUGCCGCAACCGUAUUCCACCUCCAGGCCGUCACCUUUUGCUCUUGCUGUAUCUUCAGCAGUUAGGAGGUCGCAGUCGUUCAGCAAAACAUGUGCACCCAGUGCGCCCAGGCCACUGAAAGAGCAAUUGUCCCUUGACCUUUCCUCAUCAGUGUCCAACACGGAGAUAAAGAACCAUUCUCCUCUACAGAGCCCAACUGGACAGGUGCAGCAGAAUUUUACAGACAAGAAAAAUAAUUGUGCAACCAAUGAGCAAAAUAGGCAGGUGCCCUCUUUAUCUGGCCACCCAACAACUGCCGUCUGUCAGAGAGGGAUUGCUACGGCUCUCCAGCGCCCUGACCCGGAACAGAUCCACCAGAGCUUGCUGGCUGCAAUCCGCUCGGGAGAAGCUGCUGCCAAAUUGAGAAGGGUUGCGCCUCCAUCAAAUACAGUUGCCAUUAACGGAAGAUCCAGUCUCAAUUCCUCAGUGUCCGUAGAAGCAAGAUACAACAAUCACUAGGACUUCGUACCAAAUAUUUUGCACUUUAUCCACUACUGCAUAAAACUAUGGUUAAUUGCAUAUUGCUGAGGACUGUGUGUAAAUGCAAGGUUGCGAUGGUAUAUAUUGCCAAGUGAAGCACAGAAACUUCAUGGAAGUCCUGAAAGAGUUAUUAGAAUAGAUAUAAUUUAUAGCAAUAUUUUUUUCGCCCUUUUAAAGCUGAAACUGCUGCUUCAGAACGCAUAACAUGGCAUAAAAGUUUCGUUCUUUUGCUGCUGUGAUCUGGUAAUGUUGAUUUCCACUUUAACCUUAAUUAAUGAUGUUUAGCAAUAUGUUGUAUGAUGCUAAUGUAUGAAGCUCUUAGCUGCCUAAUAAUAUUGUUCACAAAUGCAUGAAUUUACAUGCACAGUUCUGACACCUGUUGCCUUGGAAAUUUACUGCUGUACUCUCUAGAAAUGCAGUUGGGCAAGUUUCCUUUCCUUCUGCUAAAAAUGCAGGACAAGAUCCAUCCAAAGUCAUGCUGCUUCAGAAUCCCAUCAAUUGCUUAAGUUCUGUGUUCAAAUCAGUAGGGUUUAAAAGUGCUGAACUCUGGCUGGAUCAUGUCUUUUUAGGAUUAGCAUUAUCGGUCUUUGUAUAUUUUCCAGUACCAAAGUGAAGAAAUAAAAUAGAAGUUGAGUUUUCUUAUAAAUACUAGCACUGUUAUACGGUGUCUUCAUGCACACUAGAAAGUGCCUUAACUGCUGUAACAAGGCUGAUGAAAUCACAGUUGUUUUCCAAAGGCAGUAACUUGGUCAGCAUCCCAGGCCUCUAUAGAAGAAUCUGAACAGCAUGUCAAGAGUACUUUUUAGCAACCUCUAGGACAGGGCAGGGAAACUGAAGCCAGAUGUGGUUCGAUUCCAGCUCCCUUCAGCCCCAGCCAGCAUCACCGAUGGUCAGGGAUGGCAGGCGUUGCAUCUGGAAGGCCACAGGUUCUCAGGCCCUGCUCUAUGAGCUGAAUCGUUGAGGGCAGAUUUGCGCAGUCUAAAAUGUAACAGGUAGUAGGUAUGAAUAGGAAUCAGUGUUUAUUUUCUUACUGUCCUGUGCUUACCUUUAGCAUACCCCAUGCUCUCAGCGUGUUGCAAGUAUGACGGCUGAGCAAAAAUAGGGAGGGGGAUGUGCUGGCAUGGGCAGGGACACACAGUUUUGGAUCUGCAGAUGAAGCAUAUGGGAAAUUUUGUUAGCUGACAUGCAGAGCUCUCUGGAGAGGUAAUACAGCUCUGAACUGCAGUGAGGACUCCAGAACCUUAUUUGGCAAUUGAUACAAAUUUAUGGGUAAGGAAAAGAGGACUGUGGCUCAGGUACAGCUUGAGGCAUUCUCAAGGCCAUUGGCCCAGAGCUACCAAGUUUAAUUUAUUCUUGUUCUCAGAAAAAAGCAGUAUCUUAUUUCACAUUUGGGUAACUUUUAAAAUAUUUCUUUUAAGUUCAAAAAAUUAAAGCUAGGGGAUGCAAAACAAAAUAAAGCCCAAACUCCUCUUUUUGUAAGUAGGAGAAGAGGUGAUGGUGAUUUCUGCAUUAUAAAAGCUUCUUUAAUGACACUUUAAACAACGCGAUGUCAACGAAGUAGUUUUACGAGUCUAAUAAAUUCUACAGUUGUGAAAUUUAAAAAUUGCUACUGAAAUAGACAUGUUAGGUUGAGCAGCUAUGUGCAAGACAGCAAAAUGCUCAGCGGCGCUUCUUUUUCUGUUCAUCUUUUCCUCUCCAAUUAAUGUUGCAUUUGUGUGACAAGAUCUAUUUGUGAUCCUAGUUCUGAUCAAGCAACUGAAUUUGUAGAUAUAUGCUGCAAAUACUGGGAUAUUUUCUAAAUAAUUACGGUUUUGUUAAAUAAAAGUAAUUGUAUUUA